CGACUUCACAUGUUUCAACGACAGAGACAAGCCUUUCUUCAACAAUGAUUGACACCUCAAUGUCUGCAACUGUUCCAACUACCAGAAAGGAACUAACAAGUAUACAUCCUUCAACAGCAAAGAUAACUCAUUCUCCAACAAGAACUGACACCACAACAUCAACACCUCCUUCAACAUCAAACAGGCCAACUACACAUGCCACAACGAUUGAUACCUCCAUAUCUGCACUUGUUGCAAUGAUUACUAAGCAACCAACAGAUAUACAUUCCUCGACAAUGGAGACAACCCAUGCUUCCAUGGUAACUAACCCCUCAACAUCACUACCGAUUCCAACCACCUCCCAAAGACCGACCAUACAUGUUUCUACAACAGAGACAAUGGAUGCUUCAGCAGCAACUGACACUUCAUCAUCUACACCUCUGUCAACAACAACAAAAGAACACACAAGUAUACGUCCUUUGACAAUGGUAACAACCUAUGAUUCCAUGAUAACAACCACCUCAACAACAACACCAGGUCCAACCACAUUCCCAAGACCAACUACACAUCUUUCAGCAUCACAGACCCGUCAUGCUUCAACAAAAACUGACACCUCAACACCAGCUUCAACAUCAAACAAACUUACAACACAUGCUUCAACAACAACUGCCACGUCUGUGUCAACAACAACAAAGGAACAAGCAACAUUACAUCCCUCUACAAUGGAGACAACCGGUGCUUUAGCAAGAACUGACACCUUGACAUCUACAACACUCUCAACGACUACAGAGGAACUUACUAGGAUACAUCCAUCGACAAUAGAGACAACCCAUGCAUCCAUGAUAACCACCGCCUCAACAUCACCACCAAUACUUACCACAUCAGCAAGGCCAACUACACAUGUUUCGACAACAGAGGCAACAAAAGCUUCAACACGAACUCGCACCACAACAUCAGCACUUGUUUCAACCUCCAAAACACCAACAACCACGCAUGGUUCAACAACAACUGCCACCUUGGCAUCAACACCUCUAUUACCAUCCACAAAGGAACAAACAAGUAUGCAUCCUUCGACAAGAGAGACAACCCAUGCUUCAACAAGAACUACCGCCUCAACAUCACCUCCGAUUCCAACCACAUCCCAAAGACCAGCUACAGAUGUUUUGAGAACCCAUGCUUCAACAAGAACUGACACCACAAUGCCAACACUUGUUUCAACAUCAAACAGACCAACUCCAUAUGUUUCAACAACAGAGACAACUUAUGCUUCAAUGCAAACUGAGACCUUGGUAUCUACACCACUAUCAACAACCACAAAGGAACCAAUAGGUAUACAUCCUUCGACAAUGGAGACAACGCCAGCAUCAACAACAUCAACACCUGUGUCAACAUCAAACAGACCAACACAUGCUGCAACAAGGAUUGACACCUUAACAUCAACAUCUAUCGCAACAACCACAAAGGAACCAACAAGAACCAACAAGUAUACAUCCUGCGACAUCGCAGACAGCACAUGCUUCCAUGAUAACAACUGCCUCGACAUCAACACCAAUGUCAACCACAGCAAUUAG